AUGAAGCAGGAAGAUAUCAUUAUCAUCAUCAGUCAUCAGGAAAAUCUGGAGCAUUACGUCAUGAGAUCCCCCGCUGUGCCGGACUCUGUGCGUGUCUCCCGGACUCUGGUCGUCCCGCUGCGGCUCGGAGCGGCGGAGCAGGAGGAGCAGCAGGAGCUGCAGGAGCUGCAGGCGGAGGAGCAAGCUGUCGAUGUGACCCGCCCCCCUCUGACCUGCUGGAGGAAGUUGUCGCCACAAUCUAUCAUCACUCCCUCUCCGCUCCAUCAGUACACCAUGGGAUUUGCGGUCCUUCUCGGUUUCCUCCUCUCUCUGCCUCUGCAGUGUGUGUGUGAGACGAGGCCCUGGUACACCCCCCAGUCUGUGUACCACCAGGCCCGGACCGUGGACUGUAAUGAACUGCACCUGCAGAGAGUACCAGCCAACGUUUCCUCUGACACGCAGGUGCUGCUGCUGCAGAGUAACAACAUCUCCUCCAUCACCGCUGAACUGCAGAGUCUGACCAACCUGACAGAACUGGACCUGUCACAGAACCACUUCACACAGGUGAGCUCUAUGGGUCUGUCCUCUCUGGGCCGGUUGGUGACUCUGUACCUGGAGGAGAACCAUAUUGAGGAGUUGGAGGACUUCAGUCUGAGGAACCUGUCCAGCCUAGAGGAGCUCUACAUCAAUCACAACCACAUCUCCUCCAUUGGACCAAAAGCCUUUGCUGGGCUCACCAACCUGCUCCGACUCCACCUGAACUCCAACCGGCUGGUGGCCAUCGACAGUCGCUGGUUCGAGUCCCUGCCGUCCCUGGAGAUCCUGAUGAUCGGUGAGAACCCCAUCCUGGGUCUGGAGGAGAAGAACUUCCUGCCUCUGUCCCGCCUCCACAGCCUGGUGCUGGCGGGGAUGGGCCUGGCCUCUGUCCCCUCCGCCGCCUUCCUGGGCCUCGACUACCUGGAGAGUCUGUCCUUCUACGACAACAGGCUCAGGUCUGUUCCUCGGGAUGCUCUGAGCGUCCUCCCUAACCUCAAGUUCCUGGAUCUGAACAGGAACCCAAUCAGCCGAAUCCAGCAAGGAGAUUUCCAGAACCUUCAGCACCUGGAGGAGCUCAGUCUGAACAACAUGGAGGAGCUGCUGAUGGUGGAACGAGCAGCUUUCCAGAAACUUCCAGAAAUUGCCAAACUGGAGCUUUGCAACAACCCACGACUGUCCUACAUCGACCCGCAGGCCUUCAGUGACCUGUCCUCCCUCCGGACUCUCCUGCUCCAUAGUAACCAGCUCAGCCUCCUCUCUGGAGACCUCCUCUCCUCCCUCCCCUCCCUGGAGGAGGUGUCUCUUCACUCGAACCCCCUGCGAUGUGAUUGUCUCUCCUCCUGGGGUCCUCACCUUGGCAACCAAUCGCAUCUCAAGAUGCUAGAGUCCUCCAUCACCCUCUGUUCCUCCCCGCCUCACUUGAUUGGUCGGGAGCUGCAGGAGGUGGUGGCGGUUGGAUGGGGCGGGGCCGAUGGCGUCGUUGGCCGGACCAACAGCUGCCUGCCUCACAUCUCUACUCACGCCUUCCCGCCCGCCAUGAACGUCAGUGCCGGGCAGCCAAUCACAUUGGAGUGCUGGGCGGACGCUGACCCCGCCCCCCAGUUCUACUGGGUGACACCGACUGGAGACAAGGUGAGCUCUGAGGCGAUGGCUGCACCAAUCAUAUCAGAGGAGGGGCGUGGCCUGAGCAGGAAGAGGAAGAAGCAUCGUGUUUCGGAGCCCGGAGCGUUGGUGAUCGAACACGCAGAGCCGUCAGACACAGGUGUGUACACCUGUGUAGCGUGGAACAUGGAGGGAGCGGACACGAGGAGUGUCUCAGUUUUUGUGGACUCUCAGGGAUCUGCGGGCUGGCGGUGGGGCCGAGGGAACCGAUGGGGCGGCGAGCCCAGUAGAGAGCAGCCCUGGAUGGGGAACUUGUCCAGUGCUGCAGCCUCUCUGGUGGUGCUGGCUAAGGUGGUUCACGCCCAGUCGGUGGUGUUGGAGUGGAAGUUGUAUCCCAGUGGAGGCUCAUCAUCUGUGGCUCACACCCAGCAGGACUCCCCCCUCCCCCUGCCCCGGUGGAUCAGUGCCACUGUGCACAUUGACAACCCUCAGAUCAGCUACACCGCCAAGGUUCCUGUAGAUGUUCAGGAGUAUAAUCUGACUCACCUCCUUCCCGCCACAGAGUACCAUGUCUGCCUCACCGUCUCCUCCUCCUCUGCUGUCCACACCUCCUGUUUGAACGUCACUACAAAGGAGGCGGGGUUCUCGGUGGAGAUGGUGGCAUCGCGGCGCAGCAGCGUGGCGUUGGCGGCCGUCAUGGGUUCCAUGUUUGCCCUGUCCAUCAUGGCGCUGCUGGUUGUCUACAUGGGCCGCCGCGUGCAGAAGCACAAAUCCUGCGGACACUCGCUGAAGAAGUACAUACAGCACGCCACAUCCAUCCCUCUGAACGAGCUGUACCCGCCGCUCAUCACGCUGUGGGAGAGCGAGGCCGAGAAGGACAAGGAAGACAAGGAGGAGGAAGAGAGGGAGGCGGGACAGAGGGAGGAGGACGCAGGGGGGAGUCAGAUCGACACCACAAAGACUUACAUGUGGUAG